AUGGAUGAAUCUAAACUAGAAGAUAUCUAAUAAAUGAGUAUUGGAUCAUUGGCAGGUGUUUUGAGUGAUUUAAACUAAAAUGAUCUUCCUGUUUUAAAAGAUCUAAAUCUCAAAGAAUUAGAGACUCUUAUAGGUGAAUUUAGAAAUACUAAGAUGAGAUUAUAUUAAGUAUUUAUAUUUUGUUAAAAAAUUAGAUUUAGAAGUAUAAGUUUAAUUUUAAUUAACCAACUUUAUCAGUUUUAGUGGAUAUCAUUAAUAAAAAAUUAAGAUUAGCUUUAGAAAUAAUUGACAAAUAAAAUUAUAUUAAUCAAUAAUUCUUAUUAGAUUAUCAUAAAUAUGAAAAAAAUAUGAUAAAUUUAAUUCAGGAUGCUCCAAAAUAAACAAAUGAUGUUAUUGAAGAAUUAGAAGACAAAGUAAUUGACUGGUAUAAAUCAAUUACAACAAAAUUUAAUGAAAUAACAAGUCUUAGAAUUUUUAACACAAAUGAAUUAAAUGUAAUAUAUAAUGAAGAUUUUUAUGCUAAAUUUCAAAAUCAAGAAAACUUAACUUUUUUAUAAAAAGGAUUAUUUAAGAAUUGUGCUUAAACUGCUUUAGAAGAAUUCAAGAAUAUGUUGAAUACAUUUAAUAUUUAACAUACAGAAGAAUUAUAAGAAAUUUUGAGUAAUUUAUAGAUAUUGGAUUAAUUUUAUAAGACAUAACCUUUAAUUGAUGAUAUGAUUGAUUUUCUCUCUUCAAAACUUAUGUUUGACAUAACAUAAGUGAUAAAAAACAGUUUAAUUAAUAUUGAUAAGAUUACAAAUUAUUUGAAUAAAUAAAAUUAUAGAUUUUUAGUAAGACAAUAAAAUACAGAAUUUAGAUAAUAUGAAUCAAAAGAGUAAUAAACAUUAUUUUUAAAUAUGUUUUAAUAAAUAAAAUAUUUUAAAUAUCCUAAAACAAUUUAAGAACAUUAAGUUUUAGAUGAAUAAUUUAAUGACCUAAAUAAAUAACUUCAUGUGAUAAUAUAAAAGAAUAUUGAAAUGAGUGAUUAUCCAAAAGCAAUUUAGAGGAAUUUAAAAAAAUUGUAUGAAUAUUUUUUCAAAGGGAAUAGAAAGUUUAUAAAAUUAAAAAUUAGAUAUAUAAAAAUCGCACAAUAAUUUGAAGAUACAUUAGAUAAAUAAGAAUUACUAAAUUAAAAUGUGUUGGCUGAAUUAUAAACAUUAUAAGCAAAGUCAAAUACUUUAAAUUGUUUUAUGACUGGAUUAUUUGAAAUGGGAGAGUUUUGUUUAAGUUGUUAUGAUUUGGAUGAGGAAGUUCAUAAUUUUUUAUUUUAAGUCUAAUUAUUAAUACAUCAUUAUAGUGAGACAUUAAGAGUAAUUGGAGCAUCGAAAUAAGCCAAUCUUGGUUAGAGACCAAGAAUAAGAAAAAUCUUUGAACCAUAUCCAGAAGAAGAGAAAGCAAUCUUGGGUAAAAAAUAUUAAUUACUUUAAUUAAAAUAGACAGGAAGCUCAAAAUAAAUAAAUUGAUUUAUAAAUAUAUAUUU